UAACCUCUGCUCUGUAUGUGUGGUGAUAGCAGGGUGAUAGAUAAAAUUCCAUGUUGAUCUUUCUUUAUCCGCCUUGGUUGAUCUUGAUUGUUUUGGUACUUACUGCAUUUACUGUUCAGAGAAUCCAGAGCAAAUUGGGCAAAUCUGUCUAGGGUCUAGUUCAAGCCGUGUAGAUACAUCUACUUUACUCCGCAUUCCGCAUAUUGUUGAAUUUUCCUCUUUCUUAGCUCGUUUUAAAGUUUCGUGAUGAUCUAUGUAAUCUCUAGUUGAGCUAUAAUUGUCCCAUCACGUAAAUGUAACCAUGCGAGUUUCCUCCUGACUUUUCGACUUCACCUCCGUGCCGCGAUCUAAAGUUAAGUUUCAUUCUGUUUCUGUCAAUCUCGAGCUCCUUACUCACUGAUUGUCGACAAUGACAAUGGGAGAAGAAACACCCGUCUCUUCUCUUGUCCUGCCAAUUCUUGUUAGACCAAUUCUAUCCCAGCUUGAAAAAGUGGAUACAACAGCCUCUCAAACUCUAAAAGCAGCUCUAACCAAAGUAGAGGCUGUCUACCCUGGAUUUGCUUAUGAUUUAGUUGUAGGAAUAAUGAACCAGGCGGAACUAAGUGUGAAUAUGAAUGAAAGUAUUCUUCGCUUGCAAGGUGCUGUCCCAGACUCUGACGCUGCUGAAUACAGACUGAACAGAUCGGAAGAUGCUUUUCAAGAGCUGAACAGAAAAUCUUCCUCUUUAAAGAAAAUCCUAAGCAGGAUCCCGGAUGAAAUCAUGGACAGAAAAACAUUUUUAGAAACAAUCAAAGAAAUCGCCAGUGCUAUAAAGAAACUAUUAGAUGUUGUAAAUGAAGUUGCUGGUUUCAUCCCUGGCUCGAAUAACAAACAAGUAUUAGAGCAAAGAAAAAGAGAGUUUGUCAAAUUCUCUAAAAAAUUUAGUAACACGCUGAAAGAUUAUUUCAAAGAAGGACAGCCAGAUGCUGUGUUUGUAAGUGCACUUUGCUUAAUACACCAAACCAACCUGAUUAUGAUAACAGUCAAGAACAAAUGUGAGUAGUAAAUUGUAUGGAAGGAAAUAUUGAGAACUUCUCUUAACGCCAUCAGGACAUGUUCAGUCGAGCGAUGAUAUCAUGUAGAUACUGUGCGCUCUUCAAUCCCUUUUCAGCCCAUAGGAAUACAGUAUUGAAAAUCUUCCAAGUGCUGCCUCUAAAUAUGUCCAUCUCUCACUGGAGGCCAUGAAAAGUGCAAUUCUAUUUUAUCUUAUUAGAAGAAAGUUUUUUAACAUCUGUAUUCGUGAGAUUCUAAAAUCAUUUCUCUCUGCCAAAGAAUUUUCUAGCCUCAUAUCUUGUUUUCAAUUCCUUGAAGUUAUCUCUAGUUUCUUUCCUGCCUAUGGUAUUAGAUGUAUGUAUCAUCGUUCUCUCUUUUAUUCUCAGAUCAACUAAAGAACUUUUCAUAGUAUGAUUUCCUACCAUCUUCUGUCUUAAUGCAGUUUGCACUGUUUUAAAAAUCAGUAUUAAUUUAAGAAAAAACAUCCUUUCAGUUUUAACAGUCUAAAGGUUUUCACAAGUAUCAAAAAAUGGGAAGGUACUGGAACCUUACAAAAAAGUGCUCUAUAAUUAGGGUUGCCACAGUUGGGAAAAGCUGGGAAAUUUCAAGUAAUUUUGAAAAGUUAGGGAAAAUAAUGAAAGUGACAAGGACAAAUUGUUAAGUCACCUUUUUUUUCUCCCUAGAAAGGUUUUGACGUUUUGCAUAAAAAAUGCCUGAAAACUUUUUUAAAGUACGUCUUUUAACCGUCUGACACAUCUUCAAUUGUCAGGGAAAUUCAUUUUCUAAAUUCUGUGGCAACCCUGCAUAGUAUAUUUUCGGAAAUUCACAUUCCAUUUCUUGACAGUGUUGCUUAUCAAGUAAUUUUUUUUGUUCGCCUUUGCUUUAUGUAGUGUGAAAAAAGAGAGGCUCUAGUAUAACUCUUCGAGAAUUUCAAAUUAGGUACAAAGAACUGUAUGUACAUAAAUUAUUUUGAAUCCAAACCCCUAUUAUUAGGAAAAGGUUGGUUUAGGAGCUCUAAAGUUGUUAGAGCAGCGUAUGUUUUUAGUUGUAAGUUGCUAUCUGAAGACCUGUGGGGGCUAAUCAUUUGCGUUUGUUGUGAAACCUUUACCCAAAUCAGAUGUUAUCGCUUGAUAUGUACUUAAAUUGUUCUAUAUAUUAAUUUCAAUUUCGUUAACUCACACAUCAAAGUUUCUUGACCUAGCAUAGGUCACCAGUGCUGAUGAAUGUAUGUCCUUGGUCAGAAUGGAACGCCAUUUGGGUAAGAAUGGAAAUAACAGCCAGAGAAAAAUGUCAUAUUCUUCUGAGCUCUAAUUUCUUCUGAAUCUGAGCUCUGCUUCCAUGUUACCACCUAUUUUAUAUAUACUUAUUUGAAUUGAAUGGGUAGAAUUUGUGAUAAAAGACAUUGUUCUUAGAGUUGGCCUUUCAAAAACAGGAAGUAUAGUAACAGUGCAUGUAUAGCUAUAGUAUAACUCAUGAUGCUUAAAAAAAGUUUUCAACCCAGUUGUGGUGCUCCACCUAGCCUGAAGUGAUGCAGGAUUAAAAUUUUUCUCUUUUGCCCUUGUAUUUCAAGUAUUAUGAAGUAGGAUUUCUCCUUUCUUGAGCCUUCACAAUACUCAAUUGUUCGCUUUUAUUGUAGCAGAAAUCUGAUAUCUCCAAGCCGAACUUCAUAUUCUCCCAUCUGCAACUUCAUUUAUUAGGUCUGUUUUACCCUUGUCUAGGAAUUUGCUGCUUUUCUUUUUCCACCAUGUGAUGUUGUUUUUAGGUGCGAAGCAGUAAUUGCAAGAUAGUUUCUAAGUGUGCAUUUUAUGCUUUUUUCAUUCAUUCACUAUGCCCAUAAAAAAGAGUAGAUCACCUUGCUGAUGUUAUCCAAAAAUAUAUUCAUUCACAAGAAAAAUCUCUUGCCUAAUUCCUCUUAUGACAAAAUGAUAUACUUAAGUAAAAACGAGCCGAAUAAUUCAGCCAGAAAUUUUUAGCAUUUCCAUGGCUUUCACCACUCGAGCUGGAGGAAGAAGUCCCUUAUAAAAGAUGCAAAUAUUCCGUCCUCAGUUUCACCAUGUGAUAUCAUUUUCAGUUGUAUCUCUCGCUUGAUACUUUUGUUGCCAGUCAGAAAAUGUUGCUCAUUGUUGCGAGUGCUCACAUGGUUUUUUUUUCUUUUUUUUCUUCCAAAUGAAAACAAGGCCCCAUGCCCUCGAAGUUUGCAACUUUUCUCAACAGCUCCCCAUCCAAACCUCCGAUCUGCUCUUUAACCUCUGUAAGACAGGUCUCCUCCUACCGUUUGUGAAGAUUGUUGAAGAGCAUAUUGUGCAGCCCAUCGUUCAGCGUUGCUGUAACUCUGCUGCAUACUCUGUAUACUCAAGCUAUCUCUGUUCUUGUUCAGAAUCCUUCUUCCAUUCGUGUCUCCAUUCAUAAUUGUUCCUGAAAAGUUGUUCAGAGGAUUCAGAACCAUUCACUAGGGUUUCAAUUUACAUUGGUGUAAAUUUCUACGUUGUAUUGUUCAUCACUAUAUUUUUUCACAGUUUAUGGUUACAGGCCACGAUUUCUUUAGUAUGUCAUUCAUUAAUAGAAGAUACAGCCAUAAACGAUACUGCAUGACAACACUAAGUGCAGAACAUUUGUAUCUUUUAUGUCGCACUCCUCUUCCCAAAUGUUUUUCUGCAAUGUACCGUAAUUUUUGGUUAAACUUAGUGUCACAAAUCGUUUUCUAUGCACAAUUUUAAUGAGAAAUCAUGUUAUGUAAUUUCAUGCUUAAAUUCAGACACUGAAUAGUGGUCUAUUAGGUUUCAAAGCCCUAUUUUCAGGAUGCAUGAUCUAUUGAAGCAAGGUUUACUGGAACACCUAUUCAGAUAACAAAAAAUUCAUCAAAUUUUGAAAUAUUACUUACACAAUUGUAUCAACAGUUUUGAAAAAGAAGGAGAUGAAGCACUGUUGAUAAUCUAAAUUUGAUAUGUCUUUGUGCCUUAUUGUGCUCAGAUCUGUUUAAAAUAAAAGAAACUGUUGCAAUAAUA